AUGAAUAGCGUAGCAAUGCACGAAGUGCGGCUGAUCAACGACGACAUUGUCAAAGAAAUACUCUCACAUCUGCCCGUAAAGUCCCUCUUGAGAUUCAAGACUGUCAUCAAAUCAUGGCAGGACAUCAUCGGUUCAUGGGCUUUCGUGAAGCUGCACCUGGAGAAUUAUUGCAACAACUGCAGCAACAACCAGGGUAUUCUCGUACGAGUUUAUGAUGGUAAUACACACAAGUGGAAACUAUCAACUAAGUUCACAGAUUGCAGCAAAUUACGUGAGGUAUCGACCCUUGAUGGUGAUUAUUUUAUGGAACACAUUCGUAGAAAUGAAAUACCCUUUUAUCCAAGAAUGGUUGGACCCAUUGAUGGUUUGAUCUGUAUUCAUGGAAUCCGCCCGAGUACUCCAAUAGCCCUAUGCAACCCUUCUCUUGCCAAAGCUCAGUUUCUGCCGAUGUUCCAAUUUCAUCGACCUGUAACCCCGACGCUUACCGAUGCUACGUUGGAUUCAGUUUCGACUUUGUUCAUAAAGAUCUCAAAGGCAAUCAUGCCUUACAAGAAUGGAUCAUUGUCCUUUUCCCACUGGCUGGCACUCAAACGUGUGGGACGAGUCGCUGGUCCUAAUUACAGCAUACUGUCAUUCAACAUGCAGAAUGAGGUGUUCGAACUAACCCCAGUGCCGCCUUGCGUUCAUGGUGCUGCAUAUAAAAGAAAAGUGGAACUUGGAUUUUUGCCUGAGGUUGAUUCUCUUCUCCUCUUUGUUCACCCUCUCAGGAGACAAAAUUCUCGAGAAGAUGUGUGUUUCGAGAGAUGGGUGUUGAAUGGUUUAGGGGCCCAGGGACGUUGGACGAGGUUGUCGAGUAUUAGAAUUCGACCUCUUAAAGGAAUACCGAAGCCCGUGGUUGUAUGGAACAGCGAUGUGUUGAUCUGGGAGGAAUCCGGUAAGAAAAACAGACUAGUUUUUUACAAUUACUGCACUCGAGAAAUAACAAAUGUGAUAGUGAUACCCCCGAAGCAAUGUGCUCCGAGGGUUCUUGGGUACAAGGGAAGCUUGAUUUCACCUGCAAUUUUCAUGAAGACUCAAUUAUAA